ACAGCAUCUACAUCGCAUUAGUUCGAUUGCAACGUUCAAGCGGGAAAGAUCGUUUUUGGUUUCGUUUAGUUUAUGUAGAUGGGAGUUUUAUCAGAAAGAGAUGGAACAUUAUUCGUGUACAUCUAUCAUGUUUCUGAGAAAUGGAUCAAGAGUUCUAUGUAUUGUAGUGUUUUCGCUAAGCGUGCUAUGUGGAAUUAGCGCACUGUCAGUCAAUGAUGCUGGGGACAAUAAAUUAUCAAGUGAUGAUCUCAGAAAGCAGCUGCAAGAUGUUAAAGCACAUUUGGAGAAAUUCAAUACGCACUAUCUUAUGAACUUGGAACAGCGAAUGCUGAACGUCUUAACAACGAUGACCAGCCUAGAUAGCAAUGUAAAAAUGCUUCAGGAAAAAUCUCAAAUUUGGGACGUGUUUCAGCACCACAUCGGUGCAUGGACCGAACAUAUGAAAUCUGUUGAUCAUAAGCUGGAUUUAAUUAGAAAAAGCCAGGAAAGUACUCCUCAUCCGCUAGAAACUAAACUAUCUAAUCUGGAUUUCAAAAUUCAACACAUUUUCGAUAAGGUAGAUAUCGUAAAUGAAAAGCUUCAUGACAUUACCAAAACUGUGUACGCAUUGUCGAGUUCUUAUCGUGCACGUCGAAAUGAUCACAACGAAGCACACGAUCAAAGUGCAGUGAUGACUAAAAUUAGUAACCUUCAGAAGCAAUUGAACCGCUUGGAACUGAGUUCUGCAAAUUGCCCUAAAAAGAACGGCAACGGUAAUGGCAAGGCGAAGAAAGAAGUGCAAGAAUUCGACGAUGAGUUGGAUGAUUUUCUGGACAAACUUGCUACAAAGAAAUUGAAAGACAUAGCAGCCAGCCGAAAAAACUCACGUUCUCUGGAGAGUUUGUCGAAUGUCAUCCGUUCUGUUGAUGAGCGAACGACUAGGAUCUACGAUUUGGAAGCCAACCAGUUUGAACAAAUCUUAAGCUGCUGUAAACGAACUGAUCAUGAGAUCACAACAUUUACCAACAGUGCGGACAUUCUGUUGAAACGUAUCGAACGUUUGGUUAUAAGCGUGGAUGAUAAAAUCGAGAAUAGAAACAAGUUGCAAUGCCAACGUCGUAACGAUCCAUCAAUCGCGGGGAAUAAUCUUGAUGUUACAACCGACAGGAUUGAAGAUAUAAUUUCCACUACGACAGAUAAUGAUUAUAGCGUCUCAAAGCUUGCCUUGGACGAAAGUGAAAUUGAAGUGGAUUUUCAUCAACCGGACAAGCAAGGAUGUCAUCAGUUGACUGUCCGAGAGGAUGGCGUUUAUACCUUCGGAUUAAUUGAACUGAAUGAAGCAAAUCGGGAUAUCAACAGACGCUACUGUAAAUUCGCCACAGAUGGUACAGCUUGGACAGUUAUCCAGCGACGGGAACUUACUGAUCUACAGGAGAACUUCAACCGAUCUUGGAGCGAGUAUAAGAACGGUUUUGGCGAUUUGAGCAAUGAGUUUUGGUUUGGAAACAAUUUCAUUCAUAUGCUAACAUACGAUGACAACGUUGAAUUGAGAAUUGAACUGUUUGAUUUUGAUGGAAAUUUUGCCUAUGCCGAAUAUAAGACAUUUAGAAUCGAUACCGAGCAAUUCAACUUUAAUUUGAUGGUCUCUGAUUACCAAGGCAACGCGUCGGACGCGAUGAGCUACCACCACGAUCAAGACUUCAGCACAUACGAUCACUCAAAUGAUAAAUCAAGUGGAUCAUUUCCGUGUGCCUUAACGUAUGGUAGUGGAUGGUGGUUUAAUAGUUGCGCUGAAUCUAACCUCAAUGGAAUCUAUUAUGCUGAAAACCCAAGAUCGCACAAAUCCACUGGAAUCCUAUGGGAGCCUUGGCUGGGAGAUUAUUCGCUCAAGUCAACCAUUAUGAUGAUUCGCCCGAGAGACAUGUGGAAUACUGAAGACGAAAGCGUUCCAUCACCGCAGGACCCUUAGGCCUUAACUUGAAAUCUUAAGAUCAGAAAAGUAUGAAUACGUUUUUGUUGGUCGGGUAGAAAGAAAGAAAACAUUUGUUGCCAAAGAGAGUUUUGUCUAUAUAAACGUAGAUGCAAAUAAAUACGAUUGUUAACAAAA